GGGGGGUUUACACGAUGCCAGUGACUUGAACAAGUUACUAAAAUCCAGCACUGGAUUUUAGUACUUGCUUUGUGUAAACAUAUAUUCCAGUACUGAUUUUAGUAACGAUUUCAGUACACUGAAUAGAAAGCAUUUCUAUUUACUGGAGCAAGUAGUUGCCCCCACUCCCACUAUCUUCUUAACUAAACCUGUGUAGACACGAUGAUUCCAGCGUUCGAUUUUAGUAAAUAAAUCAGUACGUAGUUUUAGUAAUUGUUUUAAAGUGUAGGUGUUAUUAUUAUUCAAAAUGUGCGCAAAAUGGACUGAAGAUAUCACAGUAAAGUUUGUAGAAUUAUAUAAGGAGGAAGAGUGCCUUUGGAAUACACAGUUGGUAAUCUAUAGAAAUAAACAAGCCCGUGAGUCGGCUAUAAAAAGAAUUGUGGAAACAAUGGAAAUCGAGAAUUUUGGCCCAAUAGAUGUAAAAAACAAAAUAAAAACUCUAAGGUCGACGUAUGUACAAGAGGUAGCAAAAAUUAAGAAAUCGCAAAGCUCUGGGGCCAGAGCCGAUGAAAUAUAUAAACCAAAAAUGAAGUGGUUUUCAGUUAUGCAUAUGUUUUUACAAACAAUGGAUAAGAGAAGGGUAACAUGCAGUAAUUUGGCUUCAGAAACAUAUAAUGGAUCGAAUACAUUACAAGUAGAAGAUGAAGUUGAAGAGGCAACACACGAAGAAGUACCAUUAGCAGCAGAGGUAAUAAAAGCGAAUGUUAGUGGAGCUAUUAAUGAACCUACUCCAAAACGCCAUAAGGCAGCGAAGUCCAAGAUUAAAGAAGUUGCUGGUUGCAUCAAAGACUUAAAUUCUUUAACGAAGUCUAUUCGAGAUCUACAAUCUACGGAAUCAUCUGAAAAUGAAUUCGAUAUUUUCGGGAAGAGCGUAGCUGCACAAUUAAAUAAGUUGCCCCUUUUAGCGGCCGUCACGGCUCAAGCUGAAAUUCAGCAAAUUUUGACUCGUUCCAGAGUGUCAAAUAUAGAGGGUACAAGCACCUCAUUAGGUUCUUCCAGAUGCACCAGUGCAUUUAGUACUUUGCCGAUCCCGGAAUCAGGUGAAACCUUGAUUUAACCAGAAUCACCCAACACAUCCCUACCACCGGCAGAUAACAAUACAAGCAAUAUUCUUUCCGAAGCAUAUAGAUCCGCUUUUGAUCUAGAUACUGAUAAUUGGGGUUAGAAUCAUAUACUUUAUUUUCAUUCAUACUUAAUAUUUAGAUUUCAGUUUAAAGA